AUGAGUAGUACACGCGUUUUUGAAGUUUUAAAUAGAAUCCAGGUUGCACUUGGUAGGAAUUCAUUUCCUGAUAUGAACUUUAAACCAAAGCAAAUAAAAUGCUCAGAAGCAAUUUUAAAAGGAAGAGACGUUUUAGCUGUUCUCCCAACUGGAUAUUGGAAAUCGAUCAUUUUUCAGUUGUUGCCAGAUUUUCUUUCAAAUGAAGAGAAAGGAAGUAUGAUAAUUGUUAUUACUUCCUUAAAUUCGAUUAUAGAUGACCAAAUGAAAUUUUUAAAAAAAGUUGGAAUGGAAUGUUUUCACUUAAAAAGUCCAUUUGACAUUGAAGAAGCAAGAACAAAUUUGUUCUCUGAUUCCUAUCCUGACAACGAAGUUGAUAGUACUGCACUACCAGAUUUUUCAAUAAAAAAAUUUAAAAUCUUGUUUUGUCACCCUGAAGCAAUUCUAAGUGAUGUGGGGAGAAACUUACUAAAGACAAACACACUCCAGAAAGUUGUAGAUGAAGCACAUUGUAUAGACACUUGGGGUGAUAGCUUCAGAAAAGAAUUUCUUAAUCUUGGAGCCAUUACAUCCUUUUUUCUGGACAUUCCUGUGCUUGCCCUAACGGCAACUUCUACAGUUAAAACAACAAGCAGAAUAAAAAGUGUUCUUGGAAUGAGGGAUUGUAUCAAAAAGAUUUUGUUACCGAUUGGAGAAGAUUUAAAAAAACAAGCGAAAGCACAUCCACAGACUAUCAUAUACUGUAAAUUAAAGUAUUGUGGCUAUGGGUACAAACUUUUUGAAAGUAUAAUCGGCCCUUUGCAAUAUGUAGGAGGCGAAUGUAAACCAUCCAAAAGUUUGUUUGUGCAAUUUCAUGCACCCCAAACUAAGCACAUGAAGCAUGAAAUUAUUUCAGAAAUUUCAAAAAUCGACAGUAACAUCAGAGUCAUUUUUGCAACUUCUGCCCUUGGUAUGGGCGUAAAUGCACCUAAUAUGAAACAAAUUGUACAUAUUGGCCCUCCUCCAACAUUGGAGGAAUACAUGCAGGAAAUAGGCAGAGCAGGUUGCAGAGGACAGGAUGCUGUAGCUGUGUUACAUUACAACAACUCUGACAUGUCGGCUGUUAUAAUCGACUUUGUUGCAUAA